UCAGGCAGCGGCAGCGACACCCAGCGGUCACUGUGUGGAACUACAGGCAGCUGACGGGCAGUUAUUUCCAGCGUCGGUGGUGCAGCAGAUCAGAUCCAGGUCUGCCCGCAGCUCUGCCCGCACGCACAGCCUGUCUGUCUGCCUGCCUGUCUACCUGUCUGUCUGUGCGGACACCGCAGACAGUCAGUGAGUGAGUGAGCCCGCACACAGCAGAGAGGGCAGCACGGCCAUGAGCACGGCGUUUUCCUGACGGCCUCCACUUCACAUCUGCAGCUCAAAUCUGUGUGAUCUGUCCAUUCAGAGCGGAGGAGGAGGAGGGGAAGCACUGCAGCAGCAGCAGCAGCAGCAGCAGACAUGCCGGGCCUGCUCCACAUCACACUGACUGCUCUUCUGGCCAGCUGCGAUGCCUUCAGAUUGGGUUCGACCCAUAGGGUCAUACCCCUCAGUCCCCCGGUGGCCCGUCUAUUCCAGGACGAAGGCCCAGCCCAGCCACACUUCAUCCAGGAAUUAGUCAGAACCAAACGCCACUCAGCCCACGAGUUAGUGCGAGCCCAACCUAAUUUGGUUCACGACAUGGGCUGGCCAGAGAUACAUGAAACAUCCCGUUCUCAGGCCAAGAUGGACGCCACCAACUCCUCUCAGUUAAACCCGCCAUCGUCUGCUGGUCAGCACGUAGCCAGGACCCAUCCAGCUGUGGAUGAAAACCUUGAUGUGGAAGACGAGAUGGAGCGUAUGGUUCAUCUGGUGGUUCCUCAGGACUCCACAGACCCAGAGAAGGAGCUCCGCGGUGGGCUGGGAGCCGGCGAUGCCUCCCUGGAGGCCUCUGGCUUCUACGGUACGGACAUGGAGGACAGAGACAGAGGAGAGGAGGGAGGAGAGGACCGGGAGAGGAGAGGGGGAGAGGACGAGUGGGAGAGAGACACGGGAGAGGACAGAGAGAGGAGAGGGGGAGACGGCAGAGGAGAGGAAGAAGAGAGGGCAGACGAUCGAGAUGUCCACGUUCUGGAUGCCAACCACACAACUCCAGAUCUGGAUUCUCUGAUUGGCUACAGUCCAUCAUUCCACCCCUCCAGCUCCGACCAGCCGAGCACAUCCCCAGCUGAGGUGCUUGAUUCUGGGCUGCAGGAGCAUCGCGCAUCCCCGGUCCUGGAGGUGGGUCCUUUAGAGAGAGAGCUGUGGGAGGCAGAGGCGGAGGAAGAUGGUCACUCCAGUGGCUAUGGAGUCCUCCACUCCUCCAUCACUACAACUAGCACUACAUCUACUGCUGCUGCUACGCCGACUGCUGCUGCUGAUGGAGACGCUGCAGGAACUGCCACCCCUGAAACUGACACAGGCACAGACUUCGGGCUGCUGGGAACUUACACAAAAGAUGAGACAGAGGAUGAAGAGACAGAGAGGCAGGAGGCAGAGGAAGAAACCGGUCUGGCACACAAAGGCGUAUUUACCCAGAAUCCCACUGUGGCAGAGGUUGGCAUGGCUCCCAGCAGAGAGCCCCUUCAGCCCAGCGUGGAGGAGGAGGAGGAGCUGGAAGAGGAAGAACGUGAGUUGGAAGGGGGUCGACUGCAAGACACGAGUGAAGAGGAGGAGGAGAGAUGGCGAAAGAUGGAGGAGGAAGAGGGGAAAAGAAUCAGACACAUCGUCCCACUCACGACAGAUCCUUCCCCCACCAUCGGCUUCACCGACCCGUCCUGGGAUUGGCUGGACAAGACCACGCCCCUGCAGACCCAGAGGACAGAGGUCAGGGGAGGCGGGGUCACAGAGGUCUUCUUACCGGAGGGUGAUAUCGAUGAGAUGGAGGAGGCACGGCAGGUGGUGUGUGUCGACUGGAGCGAGCUGGCUGGACGUGGAUAUGUCAUCCUCAACAUGACGCAAAACUUGAACUGUGAGGAGUUUCGUGUGAAUCAGGGCAUGUGGUUGUUGAAGAUCAUGGAGCGAGUGUUUGCUCGAAGAAUGAACAGCCCUGAGGGAUCAUGGGUACUUUACCUUAGCAAGCCGACACACCAGCAACACCAGCUGCUGAUGAACGUGGCGUCUGAGCACGGAGUGAUAGAGGCGAAGGAAGUGCUGGGCAUGCUGGGAGAGAUCAGGAAGAGUUUGUAUAAGGUGGGCAUCGAGAACUACAGCGCUGCCAGUAGCUGCCAGUCUCGUCCCAGUCAAACACGCAGCGACUACGGCAAGCUGUUUGUGGUGCUGGUCAUCAUCGGCUCCAUCUGCAUGGUCAUCAUCACAUCUGGAUUCAUUUACAUCUGCUGGCAAAGACGACUUCCUGCAACCAAAACUACGUUUCGCACUGAAGAACUUCACUUUGUGGAGAACGGCUGCCACGACAACCCCAUGCUAGACGUGACCAAUGACAAUCAGCGUGAGUUGCAGAAGAAGAAGCCGACGACCAAUGGGCUUGCAGGAGGAGGAGAACGAGGCGGGGAGGAGAGCAGUCGCUGGCAGGUGUUUGUCAAUCAAGCAGCGACCGAGGAGGAGGAAGAAGAGCAGGACACACAUCUCUGAGAGACAGGUUAUUGAUAGACAGAUGAUAAGUGGAGCUUAAAAGGAAGAAGAAGAAGAAGAAGAAGAAGGCAAUAAAGAAAAUGGAAGAUAAAAAAAGGAGGAAAAGGAGAACAAAGACAGAAGGAGAGAAAAGUAAAGUAAAGCCUGAGUAAUAUAAAUAUUUUCCAGUCAGGAGGUUAGGAGGAGGUUAGCAGGAGGAGUCACUGACAUCUUCAUGGAUAUCAGACACUGGGGUUUAUGUCAGCGUCUUUAAAAUUUGAAUUCAUGGAAAGACAAACUUCUCUUAAUCUCGAAAAAUGUCCAACUUUUGAAACAAAGUUGGACCUCUGAUUGGGAAAGCUUCAUGUCCCUACUUGAUGAUAGAUAACAUCAUCUGUUUAGCGUGCCUUAUGCUUUUAGCUUUUUGCACUUUGCCUGCAAGUGGCAAACAAAACAUGAAACUAGCGACAAAAAUCCUUCUAAAAAGCACCUUUUCCCACCAUUAACGUUUGAAUGUAAAGGAGCUCUAAAGUCUUAAGCAGCAACAUUGGGAACAGUUGAUAUUUUAUUUCACAUUAAGCCAAAUUCUGUGACAAAAUGCUCACAGGAAACUUGGAGUGAUGGCAUCCUAAGCAGAGAACGAAGUCACGCUACCUUGUGUGUAUUUUGUAAUCAGAGCUUCUCUGCAGUUUGUUGUGAUAAACCGGUCCGACUGCACAUGCGUGUUAGUAUAUGUGAACAUGCCACUGGUUAGCUCAUUGCUGCCGAUUUGCACUGCACUCACAGUUACCAGUGUCAUUGCGGAGAGGUAGCAUCCACCUUCCAGUUUCCCUUGGUUAACACGGUUAGCUCUGUUAGCAAUGUUGCUGUUGUUUAGCACUGCUUACUGAGUUACCACUGUUAGCUGCUCACUGUUGGCACAGCCCCCUCCAUGUUGAGAACUGUGUGCAGACAACUCUGAAUUUCAUGUGGAGCCCAAGUAAAUUCAAGAAUAUCCAAAAUUCAUGAAGUUUAAGAAUGUUGCUGUUGUUUAGCACUGCUUACAGAGUUAACACUGUUAGCUGCUAGCUGCCAGCUGAGCCACCUUCAUGUUGAGAACUGUGUGCAGACAACUCUGAAUUUCGCAUAGAGCCCAAGUUAAAUCAAGAAUAUCCAAAAUUCAUGAAGUUAAAGAAUGUUGCUUUUGUUUAGCACUGUUGGCUGCUAGCUGUUGGCCCAGCCACCUCCAUGUUGAGAACUACGUGCAGACAACUCUGAAUUUCACAUAGAGCGCAAGUUAAAUCAAGAGUAUCCAAAAUUCAUUAAGUCAAAGAAUGUUGCCAUUGUUUAGCACUGUUGGCUGCUAGCUGUUGGCCCAGCCACCUCCAUGUUGAGAACUACGUGCAGACAACUCUGAAUUUCACAUAGAGCGCAAGUUAAAUCAAGAGUAUCCAAAAUUCAUUAAGUCAAAGAAUGUUGCCAUUGUUUAGCGUCGUUAGCUGCUAGCUGCUGGCUCAGCCACCUUAAUGCUGAGAACCAUGUGCAGGCAACUCUGAAACGUGACACACAGAGUCAAAGUUAAAUCAAGAAUAUCCAAAAUUCAUGAAGUCAAAGAAUGUUGCCAUUGUUUAGCACCAUUAGCUGCUAGCUGCUGGCUCAGCCCCCUCCAUGUUGAGUGCUGUGUACAGACAACUCUGAAUUAUCCAUAGAGAUCAAGUUAAAUCAAGAAUAUCCAAAAUUCAUGAAGUUUAAGAAUGUUGCUGUUGUUUAGCACUGCUUACCAAGUUAGCACUGUUAGCUGCUAGCUGCUGGCUCAGUCACUUGCAUAUUGAGAACUGUGUGCAGACAACUCUGAAUUUCGCGUAGAGCUGAAGUAAAAUCAAGAAUAUAGAAAAUUCAUUAAGUUAAAUCAAGAACUUCCCUUAAAAACAUUAAAACUUAAGAGAUGUUCAGUGGUUUCACCCUGAUGUCUGACUCCUGAGACAACAGCGACUCCUCUUAGCUUCUCCUCACUGAACAGGAAGUACAGCCUGUAGCAACUUUGGAAGUAAGGUUUUGGCACUUUAUCGAUUCCUCUUGGAAAUAGCGACUAUCAUCAUUGAAAUGCUGCAUCAUGUUAAAUGUAUUACAUACAGUGACAGAAAUAUCUCUGUUUUGCUCAUAGGAAUGGUUGUAAUCGCCGAGGAUGUUUACUGUUCACUCUACAACCAGUCAUGUGAUUGCUAUAUUUACGUCCUGUUAGCCUAAUAUGCUUUUUUUCUCAAUAGUGUUGGAAUGGCUGCUGUACGCUCCGGGCUAACUCUUGAGGUGAUGACACAUGGGCAACAUCUAGAGGCCAAAAGCCUGAACAAAAAAUAUCUAGUUACAGUGUUGAAGUCGAGUCACCAAACCCCAAGUCCAAGUCGAGCCCUAAGUCUGUGUUGUUUUAAUGUUAAAUGUUGAAGUCUGAGUCAUCAAAGGCAUGUCCGAAUCACCAUGGUCAUGUUCGAGUCGCUGUGAUCAAAUCAGUAUAUUCAUCUCUGAAUCACCUCUGCCAUAUCCAAGUCUUUCCAGUCACGCCCAAGUCAACUAAGUUGUUACAAAAGGCACUAAAAAUAAAACAGUAACAUAACACACCAGAUUAUGACAGCAUGUUUGAUUGUCCAGUCCAUGUCUGAAUCAAAACCGUCAUGUCCGAGUCCCAUUUGAGUCACUGUGAUCAUGCCCGAGUCACUUUAUGUCUAAAUGAACAUAGUCAAGUCCAAGUUGGCAUGGUCAUGUUCAAGUCACUACAGUCAUGUCAAAGUCACUACAGUCAUGUCUGAAUGAACAUUGUCAAGUCCAAGUCGGCACGGUCAUGUUCAAGUCACUAUAGUUACGUCUAAAGUUGUGUUUACACUCCAGGCACGUUGGUCAUGUCUGAGUCCCUAUCGUCAUCUCUGAAUGAACAUAGUCAAGUCCAAGUCAACACAGUCAAGUCACUAUAGUCAUGUCCAAAGUUGUAUUAAUGUCCCAGUCACUAUGGUCAUCUGGAAGCGACUACGGUCAUGUGUGAAUGAACAUAGUCAACUCGAAGUCAGCAGGGUCAUGUCCAAGUCACUACUGCACACUACGAUCAUGUCUGAGCCUUUCUGGUCAUUCAUAGUCACUGAAAUCAUAUGAGUUACUACAAUCAUGUUGGACCAUAACCAACAUUUGAGGGGACACACCCCAGGUGAAUACGGUAAAGUUUUAAAAUGAUCAAUAUCACCAUGAAACUUCCCCAGCUGAUGACUUACAGUAAGACAAAUGUUUUUCAAAUUACAAGUUUUCUGAAAUUGUAUAUUUAAUUAUGCAAAUGUAUCAUCUAAUUAAAAUGAGCUGAUUUGCGUACAUUUCCGGAACAAUAAUCUAAACACUGAAAGAAGCAAAGUUCAAAAUUCUUGUUUCUUUUUGUCCUCAUAUUAGAGGUAAACUAAUUUACAUAGGGAAUUUUGGAUAUCUCUUUUUAUUACUCUGUAAAUCAAAAAGUACUGCUGACAGCCAUAAAAAUAUAUAUUUAUUAUAUAUUUAUGCCAUGUUUUUAGCAAUAAAAUGCUCUAUAAAUGAGGCUAUGAUUAUAUAUGAAUGAACCCCUCUUUAAUAUAGAGAGGAAUAAAACUGUUAUUGAAGUGGACAUUUUUGGCUCAGAGUAUGAGAAAAAACUAAACAUGUAUUGGAGAAGUUCAUACAUUUUUAGACAACAAAGGAAUAAACUAGGGUAAAGAUUUUCACGACUAAAUAUCUGCGGAAAGCUUCCUCAGUUGAUUACUUAUAUUUGGGACAAUUAUUUUUGUAUUCCAAUUUUUUCCUGAAUUUUACGUGAAUAUGCAAAUUAUGCAUCUAAUUAAAACUUUUUUUGCAUACGUUUCCAGAACAUAAAACUGAAGAUGUGUUCUUUGGAUGUUUUCCUUUCACUAGUCUGAAAGAAGACUAGAAGAAGAAGAGGAAGCAAAAUAGCCCCAUAUCUCGAAAUUGACCAGUGCAUUAAAAACUGUUUUUACCUGGGGUGUCUGGCCUUCAAUGGGACUCAUACUGGACUUGAAAAGUUCAGGGGCACCAGUAAUAAAACACUGGCUAGUUACCAAACAGCACACACAGUAAUGUCACACAUCAGAUGGGCAGACAUCAUUUGAAAUAUUUCUGUCUGGUUCUCUGUAAGACGACUCGAGUCACUGUUCAGUUAACUGGAAUGGAGAUGGAGACAAUUACUUGCAGCUAUUCAACAUUGUUUGUUGUGUACUUUUAUUCAGAUUGAUUUUUUUAAUGAUGAUUUUGUUCCCGCAGUUGUCGGUCUCCAUUCCUGUUACAGGUAGUAUUGCCCAUUUGCAUUUCAUCAAGAUGUUGCCUGUGUUUCGGCUCUUUUACUCUGACUUUUCUCGAUGUAACAAUACUGUAUAUGGCUUCACUAUAAACUACGCUGAUUGAUAUGCACUUUGUCAGCUAAGCAGGAUUCAUGGAGCAUUCAGUACAUAAAGGAGCUCACGAGCGUCCAUCCUGAAUGACUCCCCGCGAUGUAGAUUAUCUGUUUCUAAGAGCACACGAUACCGGCAGGACAACAGUCCUCUUGUCCUCCACUGGACGACAGAAUAGACGAGCAUGUAGCUUUCAGCACUGCAGCAAGCACCAAUAUAACAAAACAUACAGCUUCUGUUGCUUUUAUUUGCUGAAACCCUGAAUGGGAAAGUUUGGUGGAGACGAAUUUUGUUGCUUUUCGACUGAACGCUUUACAGAUUCUGAUCAUUUAAAUUCUCACGGAUGUUUUUUCUUCUCAGAAUCUGAUAGCAGCCUCAUGUGUGUUUGCAUUUGUUAGCGGUGCUAGUGCAAGUCGAUAGGCAUUCAGUUGUAGCAAAAAACAAGUGACCCUUUGUCUGUAUAAAAAUAACAAAGUUAGACUCCUGGUAAGAUUUUUAACCAGGUAAACGUUUUGUUAAAUUUUUAUUCAUCCAUCCCAGGUAUUUUAUUUCUGUUAAUUUAUUUUACACUUUUUUGUAUGUCUGUUUAU